UUUUGUUUACGAAUUCGAAAGCUGACUACAUAAAUCCUUACAUUAAAUUUGCUUUGUGUUUAAUUCAUCUAUAGAUAUAACGUUUCGUGUGCUUCUAUAUGGCGCAUGGGAUCUUUUGGAGCCGUGCGGUUGUGGCAGUACUAGCUUUGGCUGCUAGUUAUCAUGGAGCUACUCACGAAGUGCGUUUAUCAGAUCGGCACUCAUUUUCGUGUGGGACGCCGCCAUAUUGCACCGGCCUCGUAGGAGCCCCCAACAAGGGUACUUUGUUGUGCUACUGCCAGGUAAUCCCAAAAGGCCGCAGGCUUCAACUGCAAUUUCAAGCUUCAUGUGCUAGAAGCGUUUGGCAUAUUACCAACACCGGAUCCCUUUGUCCAGAAAUACAGCAUAGUUGUGCAGAGAAACCAAUCCUGCCAAAGGGCUAUUUAGUCGAAGAACUACCUAAUGGAGAUCUGAACUACACUUGUUGGUCGAGCAGAAAUAGCCGUCCUGUUGGCAAUUUUAUACUUAGCACCUGCUUUCGUGGUAAGUGGACAAGAGACUCUCUUCCAAACUGCGAACGUAUCGACUGCGGUCGAAAGAGAGUUGCAUUGGACCCACCGUUGCAGUCAGAUCUCUUACGGAACUUCAUUCAACCAGGAUAUUUGCAAAAUGAGGAUUCAGUCGAAUUCAGUCCAGUUGAUCACUCCUCACGCAAGUAUAUCAGGCGAAAGCCACAUAAUCCUGAUGCAUACGGGCAGCUUCAGGCGGGCGGCUAUCGACACUGGGACCAGACUUAUAAAUCAGAUGGAUCUACAUUUCAACCCAGGAAUGACUAUUUAGAUGUAAGAGAAAAACGUCAGCUUACCCAUCAGGCUUCGUGCGGUCCACCGCCAUAUCGCCUAAACGAAAGGGUGGUAGAUUUCGGAUACUAUGCUGAUUUUUAUUGUUGUUUUGGUAAUCACUGGCACUUCACGGGUAGAGCUCUAUGCCUUAAUAACCUCUGGGUGAGUGUUCCGUCUGAAUGUGGGAUCGGCGCUCCGGGACGACUUCAGUGGUGUUCAUUAGAGUUUUGACCACAAGUUAAUUUGAUUGAAUUACUUCUAGGACUCCUACCCUAAAACGAACUAAGGGUGUGCGCUGCCAUUGUUUGUUGAUAUUAUACCAAAUCUAUGUGGCCCAGAUUUGGCUUUUUUAGCAUUUGGUCUUGGUUGAAGACCGCUGAAGGUAUAAAACACAAAUUCUAGAUUUCUAAUUUAAAAACUAUUCCAUUAUCGUAUAUAUUUCAGUAAUUGUUCUUGUGCAAAAGCUCUGUGUAUUAACGUUUGUACGAGGGCUUUUCUCUUCAUCUUUUGAUCAGUGUUACGUCCAGACACCGCUAAAUAAGAAUCUGUUUCUUUCAUUUUACAAUCUCAGCCUUAAAUUUUUAGGACAAAAUUCGUGUCAGAGUAUUAGCAAAUUUGUAAACUUAGGCCCCUGCCAUGACCCGCUAAUAUAUAUGUAUUGAUUAUAUAUAUGAGCACGCUUCUGAUUUUUUCACACGGAUCGCUUUUAUGUCUUUUGUGAUUCCAUCAAAGGCAAAAUCGAGAUGGCUCUAUUCAUGCGGCUGAGUCUUCCUUCCACCUUGGGCAAGCCUUUUAAGACUAUAUAUAUAUAUAUAUAUAUAGUCUAGCAGGCACAAUAAAUGAGAAAUAUUUAAUCUAUAGUAAAGGUUUUAUUUAUUUAUUUUUUGUUAAUUUAUAUAUUUCUGAGAUUUCUGACACUUUAAAUGGGAAUUUUUUAAAACUCAAAUUAGGUUAUAAUUUAAUUUGAUUAUUUCAUAUCUAGGUAUAACGAUGUUAAUUUCAUAUUAGACUGAAAUGAGGAUUCGGUCGGAACCUAACCUGCGCGUCGAUACAACGCAUUAUAUGGUUGUCAUGGAACAUUAAGCUAGUUUUAGUUUCUGAACUUUAGGCAUUUUGUGAAUGAGCUGAUUUAUUUUUCGGAUCUGACGCCCGGUACUUCUGUUAAGUGUUGCUUGAGACAACUGGCUCACAGUACAAAGCGAAAUGUGUCUACCUUUCGUUUUGACCCUAAACCACUCCCUAAUUUUAGUAGGCGAACGUGUCAUCGCUGCAUAGUCACGGUACUUGUAAAUGAGUUGAGCAAUGUUAUUCGAACAAGGAAUAGGACAGAUAUUCUCUGAAACAGUACUUCUUGUAGGUGAAUGACAAAAGUAAAAGAAUGGCCUACGUCAAAGGUCCUGGCGGAUCCACCACUAUAAUACGACGUACGUUGUCAACGUAAAAACUCCUACAACGAUCGCCGAUGUCAAGUGCCUUUCCAUAAAACUUCUAGAAACGAUUUUGCAGAAGUGAGCUACCGCCAACAGGACACUCAGAUUUCUUCUGUUACCUACUGGACAUCAGACGGCCCUGCAGUAUAUUGCUUCUGCUAACGAAGCAGCGCCGUCUCAUCAAUUUUGAGUCGAAACGCCAAAAGUAAAAAUCUUAAGUACAUUAAACUUUAGCUGAAUAAUUUGCUUAGUUCUCACGAACGGAGCAGUUUAGACACAUAAUAUAUUAUACUUCUCAUGGAUAUGUGUAUAACUAUCAUUAUCAGAGCACGAUAAUCUUUAUAAUGGUUAUAAAAUGCAAAUCUCUUCAACAAAAUGUGAGUUCAUCCUGCUUCGAGGCCAAUAACCGCUUUUUAGAAGAAAACGACAGAUUGUAAUUCCCAGCGCUGUGUUAUAUUUUGUGUUGAUGAGUGACUGUGGGUUGGAUCUAGUUGAGCUAACGUUUUACAACCGACUUAUAGUAGAUAGAAACCAUCAGACAGCUCUGUUAGUACUUCACGGGACGUCAGGCAGGUAACCAACGCCACAGGCACAAACUGAGGAUCGUUAUCCGUUUACGUAUAUGCAUAGUUCGGUGAAAUAAGGUGGACUUGAGAUGUAUGUAUCUGGAUACGUGUUUCUGCUUGAGGCU